AAAGAUUAAAUCUCCAAAACCUGUGGGGAUAGAUGAUAUGAACGUAGCGGCACUGAGGGAUAAUUCAGGGAAGAGCUGGAACAAAGAAAGGAUAGCAAACAUAUUUACUGAAGAAGACCAGAGAGCUAUUUGCAGUAUCCCGAUUAGCCUUACGGACAGAGAGGAUGGUUUCUGGUGGAGUAAAGAGAACAAUGGCCUCUUUACAGUGAAGAGUUGCUACAAAACAUUUAUGCAGAGCGAGGAUCCAGGUGGCUGGGAUGGGUGGAAAUUUCUGUGGGACUUAAAAAUCCCGCCAAAGGUAAAAUAUUUUAUAUGGCAGGUACUAGAUGGAUCCUUACCAUCAGCGGACAACUUGGAGAGGAGGGGGGUACCUAUCCCGAGGCAGUGCAAGAUAUGCGGCCAAGCUGAUGAGUCUACGGAGCAUGCACUGAUGACAUGUCCGAAGGCAGUGGAGGUAUGGGAGGUGGCGGGGAUGACACUCGGCGACGGGGAGGUGACAUUUAAGGUAUGGCUUCAACAAUAUCUUUCAUGUGCAGAUAAAAGUGUGAGCUCCAAAGUGGCGAUGAUCACAUGGGGUUUGUGGAAGAGACGAAACACUCUGGUUUGGGAGAAUGAGAUGCAAGAUUCGGCCAAUCUACUGAAUGGGUGUGCAAGUAUGCUACAAGCUUGGCGAGAAGCUCAAGGAGAGAUGAAAG